AUCCUUGAAGAAAAACCGGAUAUAUUCUCUAAUCAAGAAGUGUUUGAGAUUGCAAACGAUAUACAUGAUAAUUUUUAUACUUCUUGCAAAAGAAUCGCUUCGGUCUUUGAACCAAUUAAGCGAGUAAUUAAUUUACUUGAAAGUAAUACUGCAAGUUUGGCGGAUUGUUUCUUAGGAAUUGUCCAAAUCGCUGCUAUGCUUAAAAAAAUACCUACUAGCAAUAAUUUUCGUACCUUGGCUAUUUCAGCGUUCAAUUUUCGCUAUCAGCAAUUUGAUAUUUCUCCGUAUCUUCUAGCUUAUUUUCUCCACCCUAAAUAUCGAAGCCGUGGUCUUAAAACCAGAAAUUUUCAUAAUAUUCAUAAUUUGGCAGUUAACUAUUAUAAAGAUUUAUUCCAUAAAGAAGAAGAGUGCAAUGAAUUAGUAGAUCAAUUAAUUAGAUAUAAAGCAGAAUUAAAAUUUUAUAAAGAUAAUUUUGUGGAAACUGAGUUGCGUAAUAGUACAUUAAGUGAAACGGUUAUUUCAGAAAUUGAUUAUCCUAAUUCAAUUGAGAAAAAUGAAGAGGAAGUAGAAAUCGUAAGCUCUGCUGAAAGUGAUAUUACAAUGGCACUUCAAAGUUUAGUUGAUCUAUCAGACCAAAUAUUCGAAGUGAAUAAUAAUCCUUCUUUUAUUGAUGAAGAAAUGAAUACGAAUUUACAAAUUUAUACUAAUUUUGUUCAUGUGGUGGAAAAUAUGGAUGUUAUUCUUCAUUUUGAAC